UUAAGCCUAUAAUAUCGGACUAUCAUAUCAGCAUUCAGCAUCCCGGAUACAUUAAUCUGUCGCGUUAUCUGUCGACGGCGCGUAGAAAUUCUCGAUCGAGGGAAAAAAAUAAUAAACAAAAAAGAAAAAAAAAACAUGCGACAGAGAGUCAGGUAGUAGUUACCGGCCAUAGUCCGCAUAAUUUCUUUUCUGCAGUAUGUAUCCAUAAGUAUAACUUUUUGGCAUUUUUUGCAAAAAAGAAGAAGUAAGUUUUAGCCCAUAAAAACGUCAACAAAGGAGACGACGCCUAUAUUUUAUUAAAACAGCAUAAGGACAUCAAGCAGCAGUAUCGGUAACUCCCUUGCUUUUUCUUGCUGCUUCUGCAGAAGAAGAGAAAGGAAUACGGGGACCUCGUCGUCAUCGUCGUCUAGUACGCGAACAGAUCGUUCCAAGAUGAGCGAGGGUGCUCCACCUAAGACAAAGCGCAACGGCGCGAGGACGUUCAAAAAUCCACCACAGCCUCAUAUGUGCAUAAAGGACCAAGUACUCAGUUCUGACUUACCUUGCUAUGUCAACGUAUUGUCUUGGGAUAAGGUUGACAUGCCCGCCAGUCCUAAUAUGCCUGUGCCGCUGUUUGGUGGAAUGCAGUUGACUCCUCCACGAACAGAGGACAAAAGUACUCUGGUAUUUGCAGUCAUUGCAAACACCGAGGUCCUCAAAAUGAGGGGCAAAAACUGCAAGAAUCCAAACGAGUUAGAAAAUUUAGUGGUCGUGUUAUUAGAUUUCGUGGAGACUAUGAACAACGGUAUAAAGUUUAAGCGUAAAUAUGAAAUCUUAAAAGAUAGAGACAUCACUGGUGAACUGAAAGAAGUGUGGAUCACUGUGCAAAAUCAGACAGAAAAGGAGGCCACUGUAAACCAGCCAGAAACUUGGAUAGAUGUGCCUCAGUAUCCACAGUGUACAGAUCAACAGCAGCAACAGCAGCCAUCACGACCUCAUCCACAGCAACAAAUGUCAUCUUUGGAACCACUCCCACAGAUAUCACAGCAACAGCAGCAGCAGCAACAACAACAACCACCACAUCCACAGCCUCAGAUGUCACGUCCCGAGCCUCUUCAGCAAAUAUCGCAGCAUGUACAGCAGCAGCAACAACAACAAAUCCAGCAAAUUCAGCACAUUCAGCAAAAUCAGCAAAUGAUGCAGAAUUCCUACAUGAUGCAGCAGCCACCUCAGUAUACACAUAACGAACAUUAUAACCCAAUGUCGGAUAAACGUCAAAGAUUCGAAAGAUGUAAUUACCAGCAGCAAAAUCAAAUGCCGGUAAAUCAAAACGACCAAGCCUACCAAUCAUUGGUGCGAUCGUACAGUAACAGUUUUGGUCGCCGCAUCGAUUCUGAUCGUUUUCAUUAUCGCGAACAGUGCAGAACACUGCCAAAACCUAUGCCUGAGCAGCCACCACCACCUAUGCAACAACCGCCUCAACAAAACUGCCCUGCAUAUCUGACAUCACAUGCGGAUCUAACAUCGUAUCUCCUUCAGCGAUAUGCUAGGCUAGACUCCAACAUGGGCCCUACUUAUGGUAACCAGAUGAAUCCACCAAUAAAUCACUACAACGAUUACAUAAUGAUGCAGCAUCAGCACAUGACUGCUGGAAUAGAACAGCGUCAAAUCGAGAGUCAAAUGCAUGCGGAAUCUGCCCAUAGGAUGCAGCAACAGCAUCAGCAGCAGCAGCAAGAACAACAAAUGCUUGUACCACCACCGCAGCUGAUGCAGCAGCCAGCUCCGCAGUAUCAGCCGUCUACGUUGAGUGUCAUAGCAAGUCACGCUGCUGUUGGUAAUGACAAGAGAAAUUAUCAUAAGUUUUCACACGUUGGUCGCAACGGUAUCGUCGGUGGUAUGCCAAAAAACAACCUCGGCAAGAGGCAAAAUAACUCGCCCACGCACAUGAAGCAAGGGCCACCACCUCAGGUUAUUACCGGUGGCAUGGCUGGCUUAGUGCAGUCUAAGGAAAAUAUUGCGGACAAUACCAUGAAGUCUCCAGUUAAGGUGCUUCAACGAGGUCCACUCUUGCAAAAUAAACAAGUAGUUUCUCAGUCUUCUCCAGAUAAGAACUUAAAGAGUUUAGAAAAAAAUGUGGAUGGAAAAAAUGAAGCUUGUAAUGUACAAGUAACGGAUCUCGACGAAGAGGACUCUAGAGUAAAAAACUUCUCAGAGAUCGUGACCGAAGUCGCUCCUAAAAAAACAGAAGCCUUAAAUUAUGCUGCCGCACUAAAGGAGUUGAAAGAUUUGACGGAUUACUCCAAAGACGCAAAGACUCUGCCUUCAGAUAACCCAACGUCAUCGUUUUCCGAAUCUCAUGUACAGGACGUCCAAGAAGUCAAGCGUAAUCAUCAUCAAAAACGGAGGGCAGUUUUCAAUAAAGGAAUCAUGAGGAGAAAUUCCUACUUCGACAAUAAGAACCGUGUGAAAGAAAUGAGACAACAUCACGAACACCAAACGAACUCAAAUACUAACGAUAGGCUUCACGAUAAAGAUUCGGAAGAUCAUGUAAAAGGGCCUCAGGCUGCAGUAGAAGCAAACCCAGGUACAGGCUGGAGUGCUCAUGUUAAGCAAAAACCAGCAGAUAGUCCAAAACGAGCACAGUCCACUGUUAAUAGCAUUAUAAAAAGUGUGUUUAAAAUACACCAAGGCAAUAAUUCUGCGGGAGACGAUGUUGGAUCUGGAAAAAAACAAAAGUCCAAUGGACAGAUAAAGACGAAUGCCACUACUAAUGAGCAGGAAGAAACAAACAAAGGUUCCUUUAAAACCAGUUACACUAUAUUAAAAAAAUCAGAAGCAACAACGAUGACAAUGAGCUCAUCAUCCGACGAAGUCGUGGUGAACGAGAUUGCACAGCUAUCAAUUCAAGACUGCAAAGACACGACGGAAAUAAAUGCCGUUGUUUCGUGAUAAGCAAAGUUUUAGCCAGUAGUAAGUUAAAGAAAAAAACAAUACUAGAUAGCCUGCUCACUAUAACUGAAGUUAACUCAGUGUACAUAGAUAAGUGUAUCAUAUAAGUAAAAAGUAGUUUGAGCAAACUUCAAACAAUUUGAAGAGAAAACAGUCAAGAGAAAAAAAAUGCAAGAGGAAUUUGCAGCGAUUCUGCAGAAAGAUCUGUAUUUGCUUUGUUGACUUACAGGAUUCGCUGGCGAGGCUGUGAAACUGAUUCAAAAUAUUUCCUUGGAGGAAAUAACAGUGAAAUAAAAUAGAUAAGUGACAGACAACAUAAAAUAAGAGGAUACGAAUAAAUAUUUCGUAUAGAACAAAAUUGGUUCUAAUUGCUUUUGAAAGUGUGCGAGCUCGUGUUUUCGUACAAAGGACUGAUAUUAAUCUAUUUUUUAAUAAUAUUAUUCUACUAAUAAAUUUAAGCUCCCGUUGAUUUUGAUAUGGUGAGAACAACUCUGCGGGGACGCUCUUUUAUCGUUCCUAUGCUAAAUACGCACUACUGUAUUAUUAAUAUAUGCUAAAAGAUAAAGAUAAAUGAUUGAUACUAAAUUCGAUAUUGAUGAAGUGCGUCGAAAAGCGUCAUUAACUGUAUCAAUGCUAGUAUUGGGUAUACAUUUAAAAAAUGACCACCACGUCAAGGGUUAGUUGUUUAAGGAUCUCGUACUCUCUUUUGUAUAUUUAUAGUAAAUGUAGCUUUAAAAUUUAAAAAAAAAAAAAAAAUUUGUUACACAUGAAUGUUUUACUCCAGUAAGUGAUUCAUCCGUUUUAAUUUAAUUUUACACUUACAUUGUACAUUUUUAUCUCAUUAAUUGUUGAUGUGCAAAAGAAUAAAACGGGAUUUUGAUGAUAAUAAAAUGAGCAAAUAAUCGGACAUUAAAAAGAAGUGACACGCGCAGAGUUUUAUCUUUAACCAAGUGAUUCCUUACAAGUACCAAGAGCUAUUAUAGCUUACAUAGGCAGUGACUCCCUAAGUGAUGUUGAAGCGAUGUUUUUUUUUUCUUAAUGGUUAAACAAUUCGACAUUCAAGAUGAGUACAUCCUUGCAAUAACUUGAAUAAUGUAUGAAAUUAAUGAAAAAAUAUAAAUAGCCAACAGCAGCGUAUUACGACACAUUUACAUGAUAAAAAAUACGGUACAUAGUAACAAUUACUCAUUACUUGUGAGAUGUAGGCCUUCAGCCGAAUAGCAAAAGAAAACAGUAAAAAAAGUGGGUGCACUCGAAAUAAUUCGAUCGGCACGCGAUGAUAGCUGAUAUGAAUUGCGAACAAAGGGUGCUUUAUUUUCAUCAUUUUAAGUAUAUUUUUUUUAUGGUCAGU